CUCGAAUGCCAUUGGCAGACCCCCAAAUCAGCCCUUGGGCGUGAAGGAUUCAAGAAAUGCCGUGCCUGUCAAAAACCGUAUAUCACGGAGGAGAACCGGAUCAAGCGCCACCAAUUCGCUCAGGGCCAUCGCUUCUGGACUCCACUCCGGCGGUAGGUUGUCUUCUCAGAUGAGGUCCAUUUCCACCUUGGUAUGGAGAACUCAAAGUGGGUAAUCCGCGGGAAAGAGGAGCGGUAUUGCCCUAAUUGCAUGCAGCACAGGAAAAAAAGACUAAAAAACGUUCUCCACGCCUGGGGUGCCGUAGGGAUUGGAUAUAAGAGCCCCCUCGUAUUCUACGAAUACCACAAAAAGGAGAAGCCGGGGGGUCGCGAGUCUGGACUUAAUAUGAUCCGUUAUCGUGACGAGGUCUUGAGGUCCCAUGUCCUCCCCCUUUUCCAACGUUUUAAGAAGGAAAAGAGAGCCCUCCUCCUCGAGGUUGACAAUGAUGGAUGCCGCGGAACCCGGAGCGAGUCCAAUAUGAUCAGUAAGUUCAUGUCAGAUUGUGGGAUUCCUUGGUAUGCGGACCCUCCGCAGUCUCCAGACAUGUCACCAAUUGAGAAUGUUUGGAGGAUCCUAAAGCAACACCUUAAACAACGUCGAAAGCAGCCCACGACGAAGGAGGACCUUAAGGAUGCGAUCAUCGAUGAAUGGAACAAGAUUCCACAGCAUGAGAUCGAUUCCUAUAUCGAAUCUAUGCCUGACAGGAUGGAGGAGAUUGAGGAGCGAUAUGGGCUUCAAUCACGUUAUUAGGAGCUCGCUGCCUAGAAACCUCGCGAUAUCACUAUUUACAUAGAAAUCUACAGCCUCAAAUUUACGUGUAAACGGUCUGGAAAGGGAUAUUUUGCUAUAUGAGUGGUUUGGUGGUGGGUUUGGU